UCCUGCAGCAUUUCUGUACAAUGUUUAGCGAUGCAUAUGUCGAGCAUCCCCAAAUCAUUUGCUGUUCUGUACAGCUUCACCAUAAUAAUUCUAUGUCUGAACCAUAUUGGUAUGUGUAAAAAUGAUUUGCAAAUAUUCCAGACUCUGUAUCUGAGUGCUUCAGUAGGUGAAACAAUUUUCUUAAAGUGUUCAUUAUCCACUGGUAUUCCAGUUGGCCCUGUACGGUGGUACUUUAAGAAAGGUAAUAAGAAAAACUACUUCUUCUCUGAAAUUCCACCAAGAAGUGAGAAGCCAGAUGGAAGAGUGUCCUGGGCAGGGAAAAACCAGGAUCUGGAUUUUUCUAUUAAAAUUUCCAAUAUUUCUACCCAAGAUUCUGGGAUAUAUUACUGUUAUAAAUUCAAUGCUACAUCAGAAGUUGUAUAUAAAGCAGGGCCUGGAACCACCCUCAUUGUAAGAGAGACCACUCAAAGUGAAGAGAGGAAAGGGCUGAAAAUAUACAUGAUUGCCGGGGUCGCCUGCAGCCUGUUUCUGCUUGUCAUUCUAGUGCGUCUCAUAGUGUUUCUUCACUAUUCUCAAUGGAACGGCAACUGUUCACCAAAAAAAGCUAGGUCACAUUGUUCAUCGCCUGAGAAUACUGAAGAACAGUUUUCAAACAGGAAGGAAGUCAUUUAUGCAAAUAUACAGGUCUGCAGACAGCUCUCCAGUCAAAGCAGUGAGCAACGAAAACUUGCCCUGACAGAGUAUGCCAGAGUUCGAGGGAAGGUUUUACAAGAUGCUGCAACAGAACAUUAUGAAAGCAUGCAGAUUCCUUAGUACAAGAACAAGCCGAAAAUUCUUCUCCCUUAACUACAGUUAAGCUUAUAUCUAGAAACAGUGAAGAUUACUUUGUAUUACUGCAAAUCACAAUUUAUAAUAGUUGCUGGAUUUAUUACCUAGUAAAUAAAUGGUUCUCUUUUUUGUCUAGCAGAAACUUUAGUCAUAGAUUCACUUUCUGCUGUCCUUCACAUCCAUAGCUAACUCUUCCUUCCAUGGAUGCACUAUUCUGUCUAAAUGCCCAGUUACUAAUACUUAUGUUCUUAACCCAAAUAAUAAUUUAUUUUUUAGUUUUAAAGGUUAAUUGCAGUUUCUGAGCCUUUGUUCUUCCUUUCUGAAUAUGUCUCCAUUUUCUUCAUCCAUCAGUGUUUAAGAUGCGCUCUCUUUCAACAGGACACCUCCAUCAUUUUUAUUUUCACUCUAAAAUCACACUGCCUGUGAAUUAUAGAAAGUAGUCCUAUCUGUUAUGCCUAGCUCCCCUCAUUAAAAUAAGUGUGGUUUUGAGGUAAGUAGGUUCUCUUCAUUCUAUCAUCACUUUUGCUUGUGCCCCCAUAUAAUAUCACAACAGAUAGCAUCUCUGUAAGGAGAACUUUUCAGCUGGACCAGUCCUCAUUUCUGUGUGGCUCUACAACAGAAUGUAAAGUAAUGUACAUCAAGACAUAAUAGGAUGAUGGUGACAGAUGAGAAUGGAUUAAAACCUUCUAGAUAUACCAAGUGACUGCCUGUAUUCAGAAAUGACGUUCCCUGAGUCUUUGCCCCAAACUAGCAUCAAAUUAAUUUGUUAAAUAAAGCAGCCAGUGUGCUUACAAGAAAGUGUGCCCUGAAAAGAACUGUUGUUCUUAAGAAAAUAAAAGCUCCAGAACAGGUAAUAGACAUAAAAAAAUAUUAAUAGCAGAAUCAACUAAAAUAUGGUUAUGUUAUUCAAAAGCUCACUGUAUACAUAACUGGACAAUGGCACAUGCAUCACAUGUUUUCCAUGGACAUAUAGCCCUAUCAGUUCAACACACGCACACACAUACACACACACACA